UUACUAUCGCGAUUAUAUACAAUACAACACAACAUGGCGUCUGUAGUUUAAUCGGACUUUAGGUUACGUUUUGUCUACACGAGAUAAUUCCCGAUGGAAUCCAGUAGUAAAACUGAAUCCACUCCUAAACAAGCAAUGGUGUAUAUUUGUGGAGAAUGCCAUCAUGAUAAUGAAAUUCGUCCUAGAGAUCCUAUUCGAUGCAGAGAAUGUGGCUACAGAAUUAUGUACAAAAAACGUACAAAACGAUUGGUCGUGUUCGAUGCACGCUGAUGAUUACUGUACAGCACAAAAUAUAUAUGGUUGCCACCCACAAAAUAAACGACACAAAUUAAAUGGAUCACGUGCUUGUUGUAUAAGUUGUUCGACUUGCCCAGGUACACUAAAUACUAAACCUUCUUCUAUACCUUGCAAUUUUUGUUCUAUCCUUAAGAGUGCCCUUUCUGCAGUUUUAUUCGUUUUGCUAUGAUCUAUUAAAAAAAGAAAAAUUAUUGGAAGAAUAUAUUUUGCUAGUACAGAUGUAGUUAGUGAAUAUAUAUUUAUAGAAAUAAAAUUCGUCUAAUACCUUCA